GAAGCGAGGCUGAAAAGAAGGGUCGUUCGAACUUCGAAGGUGAAUCCUUGAAAUCCAAAACAAUCGCAUCGCAUAAUGGCACGUUGAUGGAGAGUAGAAAUUGAACUUAAUCAAUGUUAAAUCAUUGCAUGGGAAAUCGAAGGAGUAGCAUUUCUCGGAGCAAAGUGUGGAUUUUGUUAACUACGAGUGCAAGGGGUACCAUUCUGUGCUAGUUAUGCUAUUAAUGGUCAUUUUUUAUGAUGUUUCCUUGGUUAUUUGGUACUGCAAGAAAUUGCAAUUUUGUUCAUGGCCUUCAACAAGGAUACAUUUACCAGCAGAAGUUUAGUCUGGUGAACAUAAAGUUGAAAUGGGUGAAAGACAGGACAUUGGAUGCGGUUGUUGCUGGUCAGAGGGAUCUUAAGGCAGCUUGGAUCCUUGGUUCGAUCAUUUAUUCUUCUUCAGAGUGUUGCCUUCCAAUAUACCAUCUUUCUCGCCAUCGCGGCCAACUUGGUCUUCCCCAUGACCUUAAGCUCUCUACCUUUAUCAGAAGAUAUCCUAAUGUUUUUGUUGAGUCCCAUUUUCUUGAUGGCGGAGGCUCUCCUGUCCCGUGUUUCAGCUUGAGUCCUGAAGCCUUGAAGCUCCAUCAUGAGGAAGUUAAAAUCCUUCAGCAAAAUCAGUUGGAACUCAGGGAUAGGCUAUGCAAGUUGCUUAUGCUCACAAGAGAUAGGGUCCUUCCACUACAAACCAUUGACCAAUUAAGAUGGGACAUGGGUUUACCAUAUGAUUACCAGCAUUCUUUUGUUCUGAAUCACCCUGAAAAGUUCUCUUUUGUUCACCUCCCCGAUGAUCGCAUUGGCUUGAAAUUGUUGUUUUGGGAUGACAAGCUUUCCAUCUCGGAGUUACAGAAGAAUACUUCUCUACAGCAAAAUGAAGACGACAUAAAAAAUGGAUCCUUAGCAUUUCCAAUUAGUUUCACAAGGGGUUUUGGUUUGAAAAGAAAAUGCAUGGAAUGGUUGAAAGAGUGGCAGAAACUCCCCUAUACAUCACCUUACAUCAAUGCUUCUCAUUUGGAUCCUCGUACUGAUGUAUCUGAGAAGAGGAUAGUUGGAGUCUUUCAUGAGCUCCUUCACCUUACUCUUCAUAAACAAACUGAGCGCAAGAAUGUUAGCAACUUGCGUAGACCCUUGGCUCUACCCCAGAAGUUUACUAAAGUGUUUGAGCGUCAUCCUGGUGUAUUUUAUAUUUCCAAAAAGAAUGAUACCCAAACCGUUGUUCUAAGGGAGGCCUAUAAUGGCCAGGAACUCCUGCAGAAUCAUCCCCUUGUAAAAAUUAGAGGGGAAUUUGCAAGUCUACUGAAGAAAGGGCUACUGGAUAGGAGUAAGGGUUUAUACAAAAAAGGCACAGAUACUAAUUUGGUUGAGGGUCUGAGAAAGGAAGUUUGCAUUGCUGAAAAAACUGACCAGCUUAGUUCUGAGGAUGAAUCAGAUUCCAUGUUUUCUGAAUAUGAUUCAGAUGGUCCUCUACAAAACCCUUGCUGAUAUAUGUCAAUGUGGUUUUGUUUUUUGUUUUUUUCGCUUAGCCAUUAUGUUAAUAUGAUUUGGCUUAGUGAGAUUCUUGAAAUCUGGCCUAGAUGGGAUGCUUGCAUUCAUAAUGUUCACCCACUUCUGCCACUUGUGAAGACCUGUCAGUAACCAAAUAUAUCAGCAGUGCUAUAAUCAAAGCAAGGGAGAGCAUUUGGUGUUCAGAUUAGAUGUAAUAUAAUAACAAGUGUCCGUUCUCAAUCGCGUUAUUGGAUGGAUGGCAUGGAAAAAAUUGACACAGCCAUAAUUGAAUUUUGCUGCAAGGUAAUUUUGUGCUGAGCAUCACAAAAACUUUAUGGGAAUUAAUAAUUUAAGUUAAUGACUAUGACUAUAUUCCUAUCAUUCAAGGACGAGAAGUGGUUUUGGUAUGAAUCUCAUCAUCAAUUCGGCUGCGGUGAAACUAAGCUUUAUGCCGCGACAUGUGCCUAAGAGACUUACUUCUGUUAUGAACAAGAGACCAAAAGGUCCUACCAAACCGAAGAAGCAAGCUGUCCUCGUCCAAUAAUCAUUAUAUAUCAAUAGCAAUAAUGUUUAUCUCGCACCCUGAGAUGGGUGAAAAGGGGAGAGAUAUGUAUUAGACGAUGUAACGAAAAAAAAAAAGUGCCACAUUUAAUACUUCAUUGACAAAGUUCACAAAAAUGAAGUGUUUUUUUUUUUU